UUGCUUACAAUUGAGAUCUGUAUUUGAGCAUUAUUUUUGCAUUCGCUUUAUUCGGUUUGGGUCUACCCGGUUUAAGAUCCACGCAGAAAUCCCAGAUCUAGUUUGGCAUGUAUCUUUUUUAUUUGUUUUGGUACCCUCAAUGGAUGUAAUUUCGCCCAUAUGUAUCGUUUUUAGCUAAUACCGUUCUGUUUUAUGUGUCUGAUCUUCGGCGAUCCGCGAAUUGGUUGUUUAUUAUCCGGAAAUCCUAAUCUGAAUUUUGGGGGAAAGCGGCUUAGAAUCGGAUCAGUUUCGAUUCAAUAUUACAUUAAGUAGCUGUGAGAUAUCAGUAGCGGCAACAGAAAAUGCCAGCCCAGAAGAUUGAAACUGGUCACAAUGACACAGUUCACGAUGUUACUAUGGACUAUUAUGGAAAACGUGUGGCUACAGCAUCUUCUGAUACCACCAUAAAAAUAACUGGUGUGAGCAACAAUGCUGCUUCGCAACACCUUGCUACGUUGAGUGGCCAUACGGGCCCUGUUUGGCAGGCUGGCUGGGCUCACCCCAAAUUUGGCUCAAUCCUUGCGUCCUGUUCCUAUGAUGGUAAGGUAAUAAUCUGGAAGGAAGGCAAUCAGAAUGAGUGGGCACAAGCUCAUGUUUUUAGCGAGCACAAAUCAUCGGUUAAUUCCAUCUCCUGGGCUCCUCAUGAACUUGGGCUUUGCUUGGCUUGUGGUUCUUCUGAUGGUAAUAUUUCAGUGCACACCGCCAGGUCAGAUGGUGGUUGGGACACUACAAGAAUUGACCAAGCUCAUCCAGUUGGGGUAACAUCAGUUUCAUGGGCGCCUUCAAUGGCUCCUGGUGCUUUAGUUGGUGCAGGUGUGCUUGAACCUGUUCAAAAGCUGGCAUCUGGUGGAUGUGAUAACACUGUUAAAGUUUGGAAGUUGUAUAAUGGUGUUUGGAAGAUGGAUUGCUUCCCUGCACUUCAGAUGCACACUAACUGGGUGAGAGAUGUAGCUUGGGCACCAAACUUGGGACUUCCAAAGUCAACAAUUGCUAGUGCUUCAGAGGAUGGUACGGUUGUCAUAUGGACUGUGGGAAAGGAGGGAGAUCAGUGGGAGGGCAAGGUUCUAAAAGACUUCAAAUCUCCUGUUUGGAGAGUCUCAUGGUCUCUUACCGGAAACUUGUUGGCAGUUGCAGCUGGGGAUAACAAUGUCACUUUGUGGAAAGAAGCUGUUGAUGGGGAGUGGCAACAGGCCUCCACUGUUGACCAAUAGAGCUGGAACUUGGGAAGUAAUAGAAUUCAUGUUUUUGUGUUCUCUUUCUACCAUUCAGACCUUUUUCCUAGCUGAGGCCUGAGUGAGAGUUAGCCCUUUAAUUAAGGACUGUUUACUUUGAUUUGAUUCUUCUCGUUUACUCAGUAUGCAUUCAAUUUCACUUCAGCUAUAGACCUUUUUCUUUCUGCCUGUUUUGUGUAUGCCUUUUUAUGUUGAAUUUUCAAUAUACUUGGUGAUUAAAUGUGUCAGGUUUUAUUA